AUGCUGCUGGUGGGUGAGUCAGUUGCACCCAUACAGUCAAUCGUGGGAGAUCAACCCCUCCCCACCCAUAUCAGCAAACAAAGCUUGACCAACUUUACCAUGACCACCACCAAUUUUAACAUGAGUGCCUGGAUGCGGCCCGAUGCCAUGGAAACGGACACAGACUCACUCUCGGUGACCUUCCAUCAGCACCAGCACCAGCCCAACCUCUACGCGGGCAGCCUGCAACACCACCAAAUCCCCCCACAUUCUCAAUAUCAUCACUUCCAACACCAGCCGACCUAUCAGCAGCCCCAGCCUCAGUAUACCGCCCAGCCGCAACUUACAAUGCCCAUCCCAGCCUCCUCCCAGCCCAUGAUGUAUCCCCAACAACACCAGAUCCAGCCUCAGCAGGCACCAACAUUCUCCAUGCAGCCCUGCGUCAUGACGCACCUGCUCAACGACUCAGAACAUGAGGACACGGGCACCCAGGACCUGGACACCUCGCUCACCGACAUGCAAUGGGUCUGCGACUUUACACCCUCGGCCACCUCCACCCUCAUUACCCCCAUCAAAAAGGCCAAACACGAAGUCAGCAAGCAUGAUGUCGUUGAAGACUUUGAAGACAUUCAGUACAUGCUCUCCAUUCCUCCCGAAAAGCAAGACCCGACCCGCAAACCCGACUUUGCGUAUGCCGCCCUCAUCAUGGCCGCCAUCGUCACCAGCAAGAGUGGCAAAAUGCCCCUCUGUGACAUCUACACGUGGAUUCAGGACCAUUUUCCCUACUACAAGCAUGCCGAACCGGGUUGGAAGAACUCCAUCCGCCAUAACCUGAGCCUCAACAAGCACUUUAUCAAGGUCCCACGUAGCAAAACUGAAAAGGGCAAGGGUGCCUACUGGACGCUGGCCCGCGAUGAGAAGGGCGAUUGCCUAAAAGUUCGCCUUGCCUCCGGUCGUCAGCUGCAAAGGGAAAACAGCACCGAACGACCCCCGGAAAUGGCAUCAGAGCAGCAGCCCCAGCCUUCCCAACACCCGGUGCCUGUGCGCUCCACGAUUUUGGCCAACCAUGCCCGCGACCUGCAAACUCCUCAACACACACAACCCCUGAGCCGGCGGGCCAACCUUCCCGCAACCGCAACGCCCGUCUCCGCGGCUAUCCACCACUCCGUCGGGCCCAUGACUAGCAUUGACCAGAGUCUCUUUAGCUCUGACUUUGAUUCGCCCUCUGGCAUCUGGUGCAGCCCAACCCGUCGCUUCGAUGCCAUGCUGCACCUCGCUGCUUCGGAAGACGCAGACGCCCAUUUCACUGCUUCACUUGCCGGUCUUCCCGGAGCGCAGCAGCAGCGUGCUCCUCAUACACUGUGCACCAGUACCUCUGCCCAUGUGCCGGCCACCUCAGGCUCGAUGGACCCCAUGGCCGCCACGGGCGCAGCUCAUGACGAACUCUUUUCCCAAGCACAGCGUGACAUGGUCGCCCAGCACCGCGGCAUGACCACCUCUCAGGCAUCAGUUUUGCCCAGCCCCGCUGCCAUGCAUCCCCAUCGCCAUCUCAACCAGCACGCGUCUACACCCAAGUGGGUGACCACCUCGAGCCCCAAUAAACUUCAUGACAGCGGUCUGGCCAUGAGCCCCAGCGCCCUCGAGACCCCGGGUCGUCUUUUUGGCGUACAUGGCGUCCCAGACUUUGACCCCCAGGAUCUGACCCGAAGCCCCGGCUUCUUCUCUCCCUUCAAGUCGGCUCAAUCCCCAUUUUGGCAAGGCUUGGGCACCACCAACUGCCCGACGCCCUCUCCGUUCAAGCGCGAGCUUCUCCGAACCGAGGCCCUGGCCAAUUCGCCGCUUCGCACGGCCAUUCAAUUUUGA